AUGCGGUCGAGCGACGACGACGACGACGACGACGACGACGAAGAAGAAGACGAAGGAGACGAAUCAUACGAGGCGCGCGAUGGCGACGACGACGACGACGACGUCGUCGUGACGCAACGGGACGUGAAAGCGGCGAACAUCGCGUCGCUCGUGAACGGGACGUUGGAGACGUGCGCGCGACCGUACGUGCGGGGACUGACGGUGGAGGACCCGGCGGUGACGCUGAAACGGGCGUUUAAAUCGCCGUUUCCGAACGCGCCGAAUCGGAGCGCGGAAUUGGAGCGACGGUUGGCGAGUCGACGGGUGUUCGUGCCGUGGGGGUCGAAGGCGAGCGACGUCGCGAGGGCGUUGCCGAAGCCGACGCAGUGCGCGGCGACGGAGGAGGCGAUCGUAUUGCCGGAAGGGAUCGAGGAUUUAGUGCUUUGGGAGCCGGAUCGCGAGGGUGAUGGUGGAGAGACGAGCGCGACGGCCGGUGGGGCGAGCGCGAAACCGAUCGUGGUCGAUCGCAUGCUCACGAGAUGGUUGCGACCGCACCAACGCGAGGGGGUCAAGUUUAUGUUUGAGUGCGUCAUGGGUUUGCGCGAUUUCGAAGGCCAAGGGUGCAUUCUCGCGGAUGACAUGGGUUUAGGUAAGACAUUACAAGGGAUCACGCUGCUCUGGACGCUCUUGAAGCAAGGUAUCGAUGGUACGCCCGCGGUGAAGCGCGCGUUAAUCGUCUGUCCGACGUCGCUGGUGUCCAACUGGGACGACGAGUGCAACAAGUGGUUGAAUGGGCGCGUGAAAACGUUGCCCAUUUGCGACUCCACUCGCGCUGAAGUCGUGAGCUCGGUGAAGCAAUUUCUCGCCCCGCGACAUCUCGCGCAAGUCAUGAUUGUGAGCUACGAAACGUUUAGGAUCCACUCGGACCGUUUCAACUUUGACGGCGCGGUGGAUUUGAUCAUGUGCGACGAAGCGCAUCGCCUGAAAAACGGCGAGACGCUGACGAACAAGGCGUUGUGUUCGGUACCGUGCUUGCGAAGAGUGAUGCUGAGCGGGACACCCAUGCAAAAUCACUUGGAUGAGUUUUACUCGAUGGUUGGCUUUUGCAAUCCCGGCUUGCUCGGCACCCCUCCCGAGUUCGCGAAGAAGUUUGAGCGACCCAUCUUGGCUGGACGCGAACCAGACGCGACGGAAAAGGAACUCGAACGCGCGCAAGAGGCGAAUAGCGAGCUCUCUGAUCUCGUCAACAAGUUUAUCUUGCGUCGCACGAACACGAUUUUGAGUAAGCACCUUCCGCCGAAAGUCGUGGAAGUCGUGUGCUGUAAGCUUUCGCCGCUUCAGCAGGCGCUGUACGAGCACUUUCUCACGUCAAAGGCGGCGAAUCAGGCGUUGACUGGAAAGGCGACGGCCGUGUUACCCGCAAUCACGGCGUUAAAGAAGUUGUGCAAUCACCCGAAAUUGAUUUACGACAUGAUUAAUGGCGCAAAGAACACUGGUCAAGCGGCGAGCGGAUUCAGCACGUGCGCGGAAUUUUUUACUCCCGGAAUGUACGACGGCGGCGGGGGGCGGAGUGGUCGCGGUGGCGGUGGCAUGAUGCACGGCUGGGAAGAGCACAGUGGAAAGUUUGCUGUACUCGCGCGUCUUCUCGCUAAUUUGCGCGCCGAGACUAAGGACCGUAUCGUCAUCAUUUCCAAUUACACGCAAACUCUCGACUUGGUGGGCAACAUGUGCCGCGAGCGAAACUACCCGUUCGUGCGCCUCGACGGCUCGACGUCUAUCGGAAAGCGUCAAAAGCUCGUCAAACAGUUCAAUGAUCCCACGAGUAAUUCUUUUGUGUUUCUCUUGUCUUCCAAGGCUGGCGGAUGCGGUAUCAACCUCAUCGGAGGUAAUCGUCUCGUGUUAUUCGAUCCCGACUGGAAUCCCGCCAACGACAAGCAAGCCGCCGCGCGGUGCUGGCGCGACGGUCAAAAGAAGAAGUGCUACUUGUAUCGCUUUUUGGCCGCGGGCACGAUCGAGGAGAAAGUUUUCCAGCGUCAACUGUCCAAGGAAAGCUUGCAAAACGUCGUCAACGGUUCGGGGGAACUCGAACAAUCCGUCAUGUCCAAGGACGAGUUGCGAAAGUUGUUUUCGUUGGACUGCACGACGUACUCGGAUACGCACGACACGUGCGGUUGCAAGCGAUGCCCCGCGCGGAACGGUGACGACCUCGGGUGCGACCCGGACGCGGAAUACAAGGAAUGGGAGGAACAAAUCGACGACGCAGACGAACAAAAGCUCGACGAGUGGGCGCACCAUCACCGCAUGGACAAAGUUCCCGACGAUAUGAUGAAAAAGUCGGCGGGCGAGGACGUAUCCUUCGUGUUUUCGCUCAAAGUUGAGGGCGCGGCUAUUGAUGAAUCGAAGAAAGCUCCAGCACCCGAAAAGAAGUCGGAGGAAGCGUCUGAGAAGAAGCCGACGCCGACGAUGCCGUCGCACUCGACGCGCCCACCGACCAGAUUCGUGCCGCCGGCGCGACGUCCGCUCGCGCCGCGAGUUGCGCCGCAGGCGACGGCGAUGCCGGCGUAUCAACGACCGAGUACUCUGAUCGCUGCGAAGCCAUCGGAAGGUCGCGUGCCGCCCAUGCGCGCAGCUGUGAAACCUGCCGCGAAAGCGCCCAAGAAGAAGAAGAAACUUGAGAGCGAAUCCGAAGACGAAGACACCGAGGAAGAAUCCGAACAGGAAGAAUCUGAAGCCGAGGAAGAAUCUGAAGAAGAUGAGCCAGUCGCUGAUACGGAAGGGGACGACGAUGAUGAAGUACCAGAUUCUGAAGAUGAAGACGUCGCCGACACCUCUGCGCCGCGUCAAAAGCGAUCAUCACCGGACGCGGAUGAAAGCGCGACGCGAUACAAGGCGGCGCGCCUGUCGUCCUUAACGUCAGAUCGAGGCUUUGCGGUGCCGCCGCGCUCGCCCAGCGACGAAUCCGACGGAUACUAG